UACUUUCACAGAUUAUUUUAAAUUAAAAAAUAUUGACUAUAAUAAAAAAUGGUUUCUCUUGUGUUUCUCAUCCAUAUUUCACCGAACUUAUUCAAUAAUUGCCAGGAAGACAUCUGCUGACACUGUGGUGAAAACCUCGGAAGAAUGCCAUGAUCAAGCCUGAGCAAAUACCUUAAAACUCUGUGUUAUACUUAACCCCACGUUACUUUGUGCCCUGUACUCCCCUAUUGUAAAUGUCUUCUUGUAUACUUCAUGUACAGUACAGUAUGUUUUAUACUGUGUGUUGAAGAGUACAAUUGCAAAGAAAUAUAGAAAUGACUAAAACUAGAGAUUUAAGUAGUUUUCAGAAAUCAUGAUUUUACAUUCAGUAUUGAAAAUUUCAACUGCAAAAAUGUUGAAAUAUAAGACUUUUAGAGAUGGUAGCAAUCAAGAGAUAUAGUAUCAUAUUCCAACUCAUUAUGUGCUGUGAAUGAUUUUUACAGCAUUAAAGGGAUCAUCUUCAAGACAAUACUUUCUAUAUAAAAUGUGUGUAAAAUCUAGACUAAAAUCAAAGAGAAACAAAAGUUACAUGUUUUAUGUUUAGUAGACGUGAAUGAGUCGACAGAGAAGCUGACUUAAACUUGCUCAGAGAAACGCUGUUGCUGUCAAACAUGGUUUACUACACUAAGCCAGUUUAAUGGUGGAGGGAUUGAUCAAAUAGGCCUAUUGAUAGAAGGGGUUGAGGAGGUUAUCAAGCCAUCCAGCUUGAAAGACGGAGAGGAAAAGACGAAAGUCUCUGCACGGGCCUGGCCUGAGAUGACAACCAGUGGAUGACUUUUCUCAGUGGCCAAAAGAGAAAACGAAGUUGUCACAGCUCUUAUGUGAACAAUUUCCAUCCUCGUACACCUCCGAUAUCCAUCACCAGCCUUCAGUCCACUGAUGUUGCUGAGGAAAGUGAGAGAAAGAGGAGAAGGACUGACAGUCCAGAAAAGCUGCUCUCCUGUAAAGUCCAGAAGUCCAGCAGCAGCUCUAGUGAGGAGGACCAGACUCCUGAUCAGAUUCACAAGAAGAGUUCUGAAGGUGACAUUCUGGACCAGUAUGAACUCGGCAAGGAGAUUGGAGAGGGAGGAUUUGGCAGCGUCUAUGAAGGCAAGCGCUUGGAGGAUGGCCUUGAGGUGGCAGUAAAAAUUGCCAGAAAGCCAUCGAACAUGAAAUACAUCAACAUCGCUGGUCAUCCUGAGCCCCUUCCAUUAGAGAUCGGCCUGUUGAUACUGGCUCAUAGAGGCGGCAAGGUUCCAGAGAUCAUUGAGCUACUGGACUGGCAGGACCAGCAGGAUCGUUACAUCAUGAUCCUGGAACGACCUUCACCAUGUAUAGAUCUGUUGGACUUCAUAAUGUCUCUCGGCUCCAUCACUGAACGCCAGGCUCAAAAGAUCAUGGAGCAGGCAACAACGGCCGGUCUCAUGUGCUGCAGACGUGGGGUAUUCCACCGGGACAUAAAGCUGGAGAACCUGCUGGUCAACACUGACACGCUGGAGGUCAAGCUAAUUGACUUUGGCUGUGGAGCUCUUCUCCAGGAAUCUGGCUAUGACAGUUUCUGUGGCACAAAGGAGUACUUCCCACCGGAGUACUACCUAGACGACGAAUACCAUGCAGAACCAUCCACUGUAUGGUCUUUAGGAGUUCUGUUAUUCCUGCUGCUGUGUCAACGAUUUCCUGAAGUCACGGACACGCAGAGGAUCGAUGAUGGAAACUGGACUGAGCCUGGAUUGUCAGAAGAAUGCUGUGACUUGAUUCAAGCUCUCCUGCAGGAAAACCCAAGCCAGCGGAUUCCUCUGGAAGAAAUCAUUCUCCAUCAAUGGUUUAAGGUCAAGGAAUAAGCAAUAAGGAAUGUAGUGCAAAUGGAUGGGAAAGAUUAUUUGCACUACUGAGCACCACAGUUCCUGAUGCUAAAAAAGUACAGAUUCAACAGUAGAGCUUAAAAAAGGACACAGCAGCAACAAAGAAUCCCAGAAAAAAGGUCACAGCAACAACAGAAGAUCCAGAAAAAAAAGAUCAGGCCUCAAGAAAAGAUCCUGGAAAAGACACAAAAGAUCCUGAGAAGAGGGCACAGCCCCAACAAUAAAAACAUUUGUAAAUAAAAACAUGAAUAAAAUAUACUUUGUCGCACCAGUCCUGUUUUCAUAAAAAAUACAUCAAAUCAGCCAAGAUGCUGAAAAAGCAGACAGCAGUGAAUGAAACACUUAAACAAAUUACUCGAACACUUAAGUACCAGGACAACUAAACACAUACACACUCACACACACACUUAUAAACUGAUGUGACUGUAACUGAGCAAGGUUUUGGGAAAUUGUGAACAAAUUUAGUAAUUACAGCACAAUGUAGUAAAAAGUGGGUAGAGGACUGUGCAGACACUCUCACACACACACACACAUACACACACAGAGACUUGAACAUAUCUCUUUAAGAGGAUAUAUAUAAUGAUGUUUAUACUGUACAGACUGUAUUUUUUAUUCUUCUACAAUAACUUCGGGGUCAUUUUCCUCUCGGGGACCAAAAAAAAAGUUCCUGUAAAGUCAAGAUCUACUGGUCUGACAUUUCCUCAUCUAUAAGAUUGAAUAAAAACGUAAGUUCAGACAGUAUCAGUCAGAGGCCACUAGAGGACAGACACUAGCCAUUCUGCUGGAAAAGCAAAGACAAUUGGUUCAUUUCAGAACAAGUGUUGAAACCGCAUAAGGCCUAAAUGACCUUUAACCUUUGAUCGGUUUUCCCUCAAGACUCAGUUUUAUUACUUGAAUUUUUAAAAUUUUUUUUGAUUUUUUCCACACUGUUCUUAACCCUGGAUUACCUAGUAAAUUAUAAGCAGUGUGAAAGAAAAAGCUAGAUUUACCCAGCGCUGAGAAUGACCCAGAGUUGACCUUUUCAAGUUUUAAAAUCCAAGACACAAUUAACAGAUGUAAGACUGUGUCGCGGGACCAACGGGAUUCAACUAAAAUAAAGUGGACAGAGUUUGUCGGCCAUGCUGCUUACAAUCUCAAAACAUCAACAAUCACACUCUUACGUAACAUCAUUAACUGUGUCAUACAUAUAGGCGUUAUAACCUGAUUAACUUAAGAAAUAAACUAAGAAAAUUUC